CGGGAGAGGCAGGGGCAGUAACCGUGAGGCAAUAAAGUGCAGGCUAGUGGGGGUCAGAGGGCACAGUAUAGAGCAGAAUGUUUGGGGUGCCGGGGAACCGGUGAUAGUAUGUGAGGUGUCUGUAUGACUUAACGCUGGGCGAAUGGACACUAACUAGAAACACUGUAUGGAGUGGCAUGGGAUAAAAUGAAUGAUGUGUUACGUAGGGGACCAGUUUUAUAAUAGUCUUAUUACUCAGUGUUGGCUGUCGGUAGGAUGCGUAUAGGGCUUGCUUUGGCUAGUAGUUACGUGGAAUGCGUUGGCAGUGUAUUAACCUGUGGCAGGGGUGCAACAGAGAUGUCUGAGCCGCUUCAGAAUGGAGGGGAUGAGGAGGAUGGGGGAGCUCCUUUUUAUGUGAAUAGAGGGGGCCUCCCAAUAGAUGAACCAACAUGGGAACGAAUGUGGCAGUUCGUGGGCAAAACCCAUCCUGACGGGGAGGCGCUGGUGAGAAGGAUUCGGGAGGCGCAAGAUCUGCCCCGGGUUCCAGCUCCUAGUGUUCCAUCCUUUCAUGUUGGAGCCACAGUUCCAGAACGCAUUGAGGCUAUUCAAAGAUACAUUCGAGAGCUGCAAUACAAUCACACAGGGACACAGUUCUUUGAAAUCAAGAAGACACGGCCCCUCACAGGACUAAUGGACCUAGCCAAAGAGAUGACCAAAGAGGCUCUACCAAUUAAAUGUUUAGAGGCUGUCAUUCUGGCAAUCUACCUGACUAACAGCAUUGCUGGGCUGGAACGCUUUCCUAUCAGUUUUAAGACCCAAUUUUCUGGUGGUUGCUUCAGGCAUAUUGUCCUGGGGCUUCACUGGGGCAAUCAUUUUGGGGCACUAGGCAUAAGUCGACGUGAUGAUUUGAUGUAUAAGCCACUAAAGCACCGGACUCUAAGUGACUUGCUUGCAGACUUCCAGGAUGCCUACUCUAAAUGUUGGCACACAUUACGUAAAGUGAAGAUUGGCCGCUAUGUGUCCCAUGACCCGCACAGUGUGGAGCAGAUUGACUGGAAGCACUCUGUUCUUGAUGUCCAGGAGCUUGGAACAGAGGGACUACGCAGAGAACUGGAGCGACACAGCAGAGAGAUGCGACUCAGGAUAACCAAGGGACCUCCUUCCCCACCUAAGGACCGAAAGAGAGAUGUUACUGCCUCUCCGCAAAGAGGACAAUCCAGCCCUCAACGAAGAGAUCGUCCUGAAAGACGCUCAUCUGGGGAAAAAUCUGCAGAGAAGUCUCUCCCUGAUCUUGGCGGAUACCAGAUUCGAGUAUGAAGGGGAAUUAAAGAAUAAAGUAGAAAUUCUAACAUGGGAAAUAUAUCAAUUUUACCAGGCUGGUCCCGGGGAUUUCUUUUGUUCCCCCAAGGAGGCUGGCAUCAAGAAAGAUGGAUUGUUUAAUAACUGCUGAAAUUUUCCUUUUAUAACACAGUACUACCCUUCUAUUCUAGUCAAUAAUUUGUCCCAGAUAAUUCCAUUAAGAUCUCCUAGACAAGCUGGUCUUUACUCUUUAGUGCAAGAAAGAGAGAGAUAAGCCACACUACUAAACCUUAAACUGAAGGGUGGCUAACAGAAUACUGGCAUGUGCGGGUAGAUUGCUGUUUGACCUAAAAUGUUCUAGAGCAGCCUGUGGAUAAUAAUGGGUUAGUUUUGCCCUAAAUUUCUUUAUUCACAGUGGCAUAAAUUUGUCUUGGAAUGGUCUGUGUGUUUGGAUGGUUUACACCUAGCUAGGAAGUGUGUCGGGAAACCUGAGUCGCCAGCUUUGGUCUUGGCAGUUGCUCGUAUUUUGUAAUGAUUGGAAAACUCAACCUUAUAGUAGGAAAUGUCCAGUGAUUAGCUAGAUGCGUAUUUGUCUGUGUGCUGGGGUGAUUGCUCCAUGCAUUGUGUUUAGUCUGUGUGGAAACUGGAUAGUUUGGCACUGGUGAAAGACUGAUGUGAAUUGCCCUGUAAUAGACCAAAUCUACUCUGAUUUGGAAUUGUCACAGGGGGAGGGAUGUGGUAAGUCUCUCCUCUCUAUGUGAAGAAUUUGGAUUGGCUUUGCAAUAAUCUUUAGACAAUGGAACAAUUUACCUUGGAAUAGAAUAUAUUGAUAUGCAUUUGUUCUGCCUUAGAGUAGUCUGUGAAUUGACAUCUGGGAUGCCUUCCCUGGAGUAAUGUGUACAGAUAGCGUAGGUCUGCUCUGGAUUAGUUAGCAUAUAGGAUUGAUAAGUGGAAUAUGCAUCCAUAUACACUUCAUUUAAAGGAGAACUAAAGAAGAGGGCUAGACAUAAACUCUCUUUUCUGAUGAUUCACUGCACGUGCUUUGUGCUGAUUUUAGUUACAUGAUCUUAGGGACUGACUCAAAAUACACUGUAUAUAUAGAAUAUGUCUCAGUUAAAGGCUGAUUAGCAAUUUAUUCAGAGUCACAUCACAUGGCAGCUCUGAAACCAGUGCAUUAUCAUUAGAAUGUAAUAAUAAUGUAAAAUCAGCCAUGUAGUAUCAGCUAAUAUGACAGGUCAGCCUCAUCUUCUGCUGGAUAAUUUGCUACAAUCCCCUUCAGCUGCCCAGAACCCACUGAACAUUUGAGUGCCACUGAUACUUUUAGCCGAAUCCAAGAUGGGAAGCUCCUGUGAAAACUUUGAAGGCCUGGAUCAUUCCUUCUAUAGUGACACCUAAACUUUAGGCUGGUGCAGUAAGUUCAGUAUCUAAAAUAUGGUAUUUCUAGCCAUUUUUAGGGUUUAGUUCUCCUUUAAAAAAACUAAACAAUAAAUACAUAGUAAUUUGUUUUUUUGCUAAAUUAUUUUUGAUUUUAAAUGUGCUGCUUUUUGGACCCCUUGACCUUCAAAUUCCUGCCAAAAGUUCUUGUAGGAUGAACGUGAGCUUAAUUUAUUUUGUAUUUUGGUAUGGGUGGGAGUAUUAUUUAUUGCAUUGUACAAAUGCAUUUAGGUUACCCCCAGUGACAACAGGGUCCAUAUUUGCAAAAGCAAAAAUAAUCCUGUACCAUAAACAAUUAUCAUGAUAAAAAAAGAAUUGGAUUUGUCAUAAUAUAAUAUUGCACAAACCUCACAGACUAUAAAAGUCUGGUCUUUUGUGUUUUUUAACGCCUAUGAAUAAGUGCUGUAAGGCUAUGGCCUGUGGGGUUUGUAUAUUUUUAUUUUAUGAUUUAAAUACUUAUACAUAUAAUUAAAACUCUUGGCCACACAUACUGAUUAUUAGAAAGUGUUUUAUUAAUGACUUUUUUCCUAUGGUCACAUGACUUAUUUUUAACCUGCAGUUGAGGGGUUCAAAAUUAUUUAAAAAAAAAAAAAAAAAACCUCAGGGACUAAAAAGUCAUAGGAUUUUGAAUUUAAAUAUUUUCCUAGGAAGUCUUAAUUAAAUCUGAUUUGCUUGCGGUACUGAAACUGUACUGUUGUGCAUGUUCCAUGUAUCACAUCUUUGUGCCUAAGUAACAGAACAGCAGUUUAACUCUGUACAAGUCUAUUUGAAGGGAAAAGUAUGAUUCAUGCUUUAGUGAGUAUAUGACAGUAUACUUGAGUAUUUAGGGUCAUUAGUCACUAUGGCAAAGAAGCAUCAGUAUUAACCCUUUGUCUGCUUUUUGCACAUGUUAUGCAGGUUGCCUUGUCCCUAAACCACAUGUGCCAGCUAAAAAAAAAACCACUAAUCACUGUUACCUGACAUGUAAUGUCACUGCACGGGUCUGUCAGGGGACACACCACUUUAUGACCUACAUUUUAUUCUCAUUUAUCUGAGCACUUUUACAGUGAAAUAUUAAUAAAUAAAAUGAUUCCUCA